AUGAGAAAACGACUUUUGGUUUUGUUACUUAUUGUAGUCUCCUCACUCCCAUGUCCUGUCACAUCUACUACCCAUGAUAAUGUCAAGGCCCUCCUUACAAAUAUUUUCACAACUAACUCCUACAACAAGAUGGUUCGCCCAAGUGCAAACCAGGCAACCGCCACUCGAUUGUACGUGGACAUUGAUUUGUUUGGAAUAACAGAGAUUGACGAAGUCCAAGAAAAAAUGUCAACAACGGCUGCCUUGUUCAUAAUGUGGCACGAUGAUUAUAUGAAGUGGAACCCAUCUGACUAUAACGGUACUGAUGUCAUAUAUGUUCCCCAGAAAGAUAUAUGGAAACCAGACAUUGCUUUGAAAAAUGGCUUUACAAAAAUGAAAGAGCUCGGAGAUGAUUUUAUACUAACCAUAAUUUCAUCUGAUGGGAUGGUCAUAUGGCAACCCCUAGAGGUGUUUCAGACAAAAUGUAGCAUUGACAUACAAUAUUUCCCGUUCGAUAAGCAAAGAUGUGAUUUAGAGUUUGGAGUUUGGUCCAGCCCAGUGAGUUCUAUAGCCGUUGGACUAGGAAGUUCUGGUGUCAUGCUAACUGACUAUCAGGCCAAUGAGGAAUGGGAUCUCAUAACAACGUCUUUCAGGUCAAUGACGUCAAAUCAAGAUGGAGCAGUGGUUAUAUUUUCCCUGAUCGUUGCCAGGAAACCAGGGUAUAUAGUUAAUAAUGUCGUCCUCCCUGUUAUGCUUUUAUCAGUCCUUUCGGUGUUCGUGUUCGUUCUGCCCGUUGAUAGCGGUGAAAAGAUGGGAUAUGUUAUGACUGUUUAUCUAGCAUUUGCUGUUUUUCUAACAAUUGUCAGUGCGUCACUUCCUGUAAGCUCCACAAUGUCGCUAUUAGGUAUGUACUUGACAUUACAAUUGUCAUUAGGGACAGCCAUCGUUAUCAUUACGGCGUUAGAACUCCGAAUUCACUACCGCAACAGUUCUCGUGAAAUUCCAAGGUUCGUCAAACGGAUGGUGAGGUUGAGCAAAACAUUGCGAUGCAGCAAAUCGAAUAGAAUAAAUGAUGAUGUGAGAAAGAGCAAGGCAGAUGUUAUGAUGCAAGAAGAAGAUAUCUUGACUGAAGUAAGUGCUAAAACUUCGUCAGUUGAAACAGUAAUAGAACCAAAAGUUACGGAAGAGCUGACUUGGCAGGAUGUGACGUCAGCAAUUGAUUUUUUCUGUUUUUGGAUCUUCUUUUUCUUAAAUUUGAUUUUGACUAUUGCCCUGUUUGUGGAAGGAUAUAUCAACAGCAGUGUUUAG